UCAGGUUCACGGCGCCGAUGACAUCAUACAUGUAAAGUUCCAUAAAGCCUUGUUACCAUGGAAACUCCGGAACUCAAAGCUAAACUUCAAAGCUUUGUGGGCUUUAACUCAAAGCUUUGUUUGGCCUCGGGGAGAUUAUAAGAGUAGGCAAAUCGCAAAUCACAAAUCAAAAAUCACAUAUCGCUUAACGGAAAAGGCACAUUUAGCUGAGCUUGACACAGAGCAAAUCGUACAAAGAUUUCAAACAGUAGACUUCACAGAGGAGACUUUACAGAGUAGAUUUCACAGAGGACGCUCGAGUGUGUCUCCAUAGUAACGGCGGCGUUGUGAGCGGCAAGGGGGCGGAACCGGAGAGAGACGACGGCUGCUCCGUGUCCUGUGGUCGGUAGAGGCGUAAAACAUCAGCCGACGAUGCCAUUUCAAGGUGGCUUCUAUUACCCUUACAACCGUGACAACCAGGGGGCCCAUUCUUCAGCUGGGAUUCCUUCCCUUCUUAAUUCUCCGUUCAGCCAGCAGUCUGUGAAUGGUCAUUGUGCACCAGGUAUGACUCCUUCCAGUGGCAUUUCCACGGCUCCCCUCUUUAGGUUUCAGCCGCGGAGGGAGAGCGUGGACUGGAGACGAAUAAAUGCUGUGGACAUUGAUGCGGUGGUCAGUCAGAUGGAUGUGGCGGUCCUUCAGGACUACAUCAACGCGGUGACGUACUGCAGCUUGGAUGAUGAGCGCUGUCCGCGAUGUCAGAGUCCAGUAGACCCUGCUCUGAUCAAGCUCUUUCGCCUGGCCCAGCUCACCGUUGAGUACCUGCUGCACUGCCAGGAGUUAUUGACAGUGGAAAUGCAUGCAUUGGAGGAAAGGCUUGAGGUCGCUGGUAAGGACCGUUUACAGCUGCUGGCUCAGCAAAAGGAGAAAGAAGAACAGAUAAAGACAUUAAAUGAAGAGCUAAAACAGAGAAAGAAGGUCAUUCGCACACAGCAGAGGAUACUUGCACCAAGCAUCGUCAACAGCCACAAGUGUCUGCAUUGUGAAAAAUCCUUUCUAAAUGCUACUUUUCUCCAAAAUCAUAUGCAGAGACGCCAUCCAGAGGAGUAUGAUGCCAAAUUGCUGUCAGAUGGUGAAAGGAAGUCAGAGAUCGACAGCCUCAAAUCAGAGAUUACUGCUUUAAAGGAGGAGAUUGUUCAGCAGCAAUUGACCCUACAAGCCAAAAUAGCCCAGGAAAAAGAGCAGGAGUCUUUGCACAGAGACCUAACAAGGGAGCUGGAUCGUUUUAAGGCAGAGGAGAUGGCUCGAAUGGACAAAAAGAUUGAGGGUUGUAGAGACGGUAUACGGCGGGAGAUGGAAUUUCUGUACACUCGGAAUAUUCAAGCUCUUAAUGAAGCAAAUCAGCAGCUAUCAACAAAACCAGGAAAGUCCAGUCCUGUGCAAAUGGAACCAGAAAAAGACUUGGACAACUAUAAGGAAAUGCAGAAACAAGCGAUACAUAAACUUGAACAGCAACUCAAGAAGCAGGACAAAAAGUUUGAAUCUAGAUGGCAGGAUAUGAAGGAUCAGCAUGAAGCAGAGAAAAAUCAGUUACUGAACGAGCUCAACAGAAUGCAGAUUGUGGUGUCAGAGCAACAGGAGCACAGCCAGAAGCUCAAGCAGGAGUGGGGCCGAAAACUGCUGGAGAAGGAACAAAUCAUCAAGAACCAGAAGGAGCAGAUAAAGAAGAUGGCGUCUAGCCCACCAGCCAAAGUUGUUGAAACACAAGUUCUACACACAUCUGCAGCACCAGAGCUUAAACAAAAGAGAGUUGUUCUUGAGGAGCCCCCCUCUGCUCUUAUGCUGGAUCCUAUACAGGAGCUGUCAGAAGAGGACAGAGAGUCCAGCAGUGUGUCUGAAGCAAAGCCAGUGGAGAGAAAACCAGAGCCAGCACCAGAGAAGAAAAAGCGGACCGCCAUCAGUGCUCUAAGAAGAAACCCCAACCUCAGGAGAGAGAUGAGGCCAGAGCUGGAGAAAUCUGUCAUUACAAAGCUCGAGAGCUAUGGAGUCAAACCUAAUCGUACUGGACUGAAGACCAAAGAGAUGGAGUCUAUUCUUGUCAAGGUGCAUGCGGAGCGAGAGAGGAAAUUGAAAGAGCAGCCUGAUUACUGGUCUUAUUGGCAGGAAAUUAGCGAUACUGUAGACAACAAACUGGGAUGCCCAAAGAAGAGCCACGAUCACAGAAACAAACAGCCAAUGCAAGUGUUACAGAUCUAUCCUCGUUCCAAUAGCCUGCCUUCCAAAGCAACAAAUGUGAUGUCUGUUUCUUCAGAGAGGCUAUCCAAAACCCCACAGCCCGCCCCGAGAUCUAAGUCUGUGUCACUACCAAAAACCUCCACCCCCAAGGACAAGACCCCGUUGAGAAGAUACCCUUCCAUCUCAGACGAAGAAUCUGAAGAAGAAGAGACAGAUGCCGAGGAAGAGCUUCAAUUGGACCAGAGGAAAAAAUCCAGUGUGGUCCAGAACAGAACCACUCCAGUUCUAACCAAACAGGCCUCAGUCACCUCAGUCAGCAGCCUGCCUACUAGAGGGCUGACCACAGAAGUUACCAAGACAACGGUGAUGAAGAUAGACAGUGAAGAUGAGGAAACGUGGUCCGAAGUUAGCGAGCUCCAGGAGAUCGAUCCUAAAGGGCUUCAGAGCUUCAAAGACCAGAAUGGGAAUGUGGAGAGGAAGAGCUUUGGGAAAGAGAACAAAAUCAGUGAAAUGGGCAAAAAAAUUGAAAAGCAGUUUACAGACAGGCUGGGCAAGAAACCAGCAGGGGGCAUUAGCAUUUUUCCUGAGAGGAAAGAUGAAGUCCAAGAACUCUCAUGCACAGAUCUAGAAGAGAGCAAUGAGUGGGUCUCGUCUUUAGAGGAGAGAGUGUCUAAACCUGUCCAUGGCUCUGUACCACUGAGGAAGAGCCUGGACUCAGCCAGCACCAGUGUGUGGGGUACGUCCACCGGAAAGGGACCCAAGUCAAGUUUGACUGAAGCCAGUACAGGAAGCACUUUGAAGAGCAGCAUUUACUCCAUUAGUGAUGCCAGUGAUGAUGACUUUAGCAAUAAUUAAAUAGAAAAUAUUACGAAGGCCAUAUGCAAAACCCAGUGUUGUGCAUGAACGAGUUCAGUGAACUUUGAACUGAACGCAACACUUUUGUAAAUAAAUAACUUGAACGUGAAUUUGUUCAAAUUAUGUGUGAUGAACGACGUACGUCACUGUUGGGGUUCAGUUAAACGUCGGAAUUUGACGAGUGAAGAUCUGCUCGCACUUCACCUCGCGAAACCACAGCCGCGUGUCAACGCGAAGGCGACUCCACCGGCAGCUUUAGCGGAACGUACGGGCUCUUGUGUCUCUCAAUGGGAAGUCAAUCAAACUUGACUGGGCGCGUUUAGCUGCGUUCUGUACAGGCUGACCACGGCAAACGCAAGGCACUAAUUAACAGUCUAUGUGGAUCUGGGCUCUUUCACAUGAUACACAACUGCCCAGGGAGCACAAUGUGCUGAUGGUAAAUGCACAAAUACAACAAUAAAUACAUGCUCUCUGUGUAUUUUGACGGGGACGCUCGUGUAGAGCGUCAAAAAAUAGGAUGGAUCCUAUUUUCUGAAAUCUACACGCACAGGACGUGCUGCUCCGCGCGCGUAUUAUUUUACUUGGUACAUAUGUCAGUAACGCGCGUCACAAUGCUUUUCUAACCUGGAUUGAAACGGUGGGUUUUUCGUUUUUCUUCAUACAAAUUUGCUAAAAUCACCGCGAUAUCAGCAGCGGUGAAACGCCGGAGGUGCGCCCGCGUAGACCGUGAUCCUGAGCGAAAGGACAGACGCAGAAGUCCGCGCUCCACCGAGAUAAACGCAGCUGACGCCCGAUCGCACUCGGGGUUCUCUCAGGGGCGGUCCUAGAUUCCAAGUUCUAGUCCAGGAUUAGUCCUGGUUUGGUCCUGGUUUAGUCUUGGUUUAGUCCUGGUUUAGUCCUGGUUUAGUCCUGGUUCAGUCCUGGUUCAGUCCUGGUUUAGUCCUGGUUCAGUCCUGGUUUAGACCUGGUUUUGUCCUGGUUUAGACCUGGUUCAGUUCUGGUUUAGUCCUGGUUCAGUUCUGGUAUAGACCUGGUUUAGUCCUGGUUUAGACCUGGUUUAGUCCUGGUUUGGACCUGGUUCAGUUCUGGUUCAGUCCUGGUUCAGUCCUGGUUUAGACCUGGUUCAGUUCUGGUUUAGUCCUGGUUUAGACCUGGUUUAGUCCUAGUUUAGACCUGGUUUAGUCCUGGUUUAGUCUGGUUCAGUCCUGGUUCAGUCCAUAUACGGCGCAAAGGUUCAGCAUCUUAACAGUUCUUUUGGUGAGAGUAAAUUAAAAGUGCUGCAAUAGUCGUGUAAUGUUUUACAUUUUAAAUACAGUAAUAUUGUAAUGUAACAAAUGACUUUGAAAUGACAGUAACAAGUCAUAAAUAACACAUUACAGUUUUAAAGUCACUUGUCCAACAGUGUAUCUUGUAAAGUUGUUGUAAACUAGAAGUCAGUUUGAAAAAUAAAUGCAGCCUUUCAUUUACAGAUCUCAUCUAAAUAUAAAAUGAACUGAACUUUGAACUAGUUCAAAAUUUAAAUUGUGAACUAUGAACGUGAACUAUUCACUUUGAACAAGUGUGAACUGAACUUUGAACUAGUUCAUGAAAAGUGUGAACUUGCACAACACUGGCAAAACCAUGAACCUCAGCCAGCACCGCUACAACUCCUCUACACACACCAAAUAGCAAUAUACUGGAGACAAUAUUUCAAUUUCAAGGGAAUUACACUGUUAAAAAUAUCUUUAUGAAAUAAGGAAAUAACAUACCUUUGUUUGACUAGAUUGCACUAUUCUAAUGUAGGAAUACCUUGUGCCAAUGUUGUACGCCUAUGAACUGUUUUAUUAUUAACGUAAAUUCAAAGGUCACAGAUGAGUUGUUUUUUAGUAAAGACGCAUUU